AUGGGAGCGUUCUCGGUUAAUGUAUCCGGUCCAACUAGUGUUGCUUUCCAGUCCGUGACCACCGCGAUAACAACCACAACGACGGCAUCAACAUGUUCUUCGUCUGCUAUUAUUUCAUGCUAUUUAAAUGCAUUAACAAACAAUAGUUCAACUGUCUACUUCACCUUACAUGGAUCAUUACCUGGUAUGGCACCACAAUUUCUCUUUGGCAAUUUAUUACAAACUGGUGUCAUCUGGCGAGGCGAACCACUGCCUAAUGUACUACGACAGUUUCGAGAUAAAUUCGGUGAUGUCUUUCAAUUUUGGUUUGGUCCAGCUCGUAUGGUUGUUGUGAGUUGUCUCGAAGAUGUACAACAUAUUUUUUCCCAUCGACAUAUAUACGAGCAAGCAGACGUAUUUGAUGAAAAAAUGAAGUCUAUCGUGCCGAAUUCAAUCUUUUGUCUCACAGGAUCCAAAUAUAAGCGUCACACAACUAUUACCCAUCCAUUAUUUCGUCGUGGUAAAAUUGUCAACCAUUUGGAUACAAUAAUAAAUUGUACAGAUAAAUUGUUGACUCGUUGGCGAACGAACAACGACGAUCCAAAUUAUAUUCAUUUAAAUAUGUUUGAACAACUGCAACAGUUAGUUCUUGAGACAUUUAGUCUUAUUUUCUUUGAUUAUUCUCUCCAAACAAUGGAUAAUCAAGGAGAUAGGAAUAGGAAUGAAUUUGCUCAUGCAAUAUAUACGGUUUUGAACACGAUUAUAACAGUAAUAAAAAUGCCAACAUUCAUCGGUCGUCUAUACUUGUUACUUAAUCUCAAAUAUCGACGAUCACGUGACCUUGUUAAUCAGCACUUAUAUCGUAUGAUUGAACAAGAGUUGCAAGAGACACCAAUGAUGAGAGCUGAACGUAAGAAACUAAGUUUGAUUGCAUCAUUAAUCGCUUCAUUACAACAAGAUGAAAAACUUGAAGCAUCAAAGACUGAAGAAGACAAAAAAGGACUUUCCCGUGCUGAAGUACUGGAUGAAAUGCUGUCAUUUCUCAUAGCAGGUUAUUCGACAACAACAGCUGCACUGACCUGGUUCAUUCAUUUAAUGAGCAUACAUCCUGAAGUGCAGAACAAAGUCAAGAAAGAAUUGGCUCAGUAUAAUAUGCAAUCACUCUCCGUCGAACAACUCGAUUCCUUCACCUAUUUGGAUUGUGUUCUUCGUGAAAUGUUUCGCUUUGUUCCACCUGGUUUCGGCACGUUACGUACACUUACUGUCGAUGAUCGAUUGCCAUCAACUGGAGCUGAAUUGAGAAAAGGCGAUCUUGUGCUCAUUGGCAUACAUAACAUGGGACGGGAUAGACGUUAUUGGUCAGGACCAGUUGAUCCUGACCAGUUUUAUCCUGAACGAUUUUUAGUGGAAGGUAACGAUGCCAAUAAUAACAAAGCAGCAUCGAUUUCAUUUGGUGGUGGUCAUCGUCAAUGUAUUGGUCAAGAUUUGGCUCGAUUUGAAGUGAAGGCUAUUUGUGCUCGACUGAUGCAACGUGUGACAUUCGGUGAUGGUGGACCGGAAGUCAAUUCCGGUGAAUAUGCCGGCGAUGAAGGAGAUGCAGUCACACCAAAACGCAUGGGUGUCACAAUCACAUUCGACCCUGAUUAUAGCACAUAG